AUGAGUUUGAUGACGUUCCAAUGGAUAUCUCCAUUGAUGACGGCAAGUGAUUUCCUGUCCCCUAGUGCGCGAGCUAUCUAUUUCGAUGCAGAUCUCAUCUUAACGGACGAUCUGUUAUCUGCCGUCGAUGCCUAUGUUGGCUGCCAUAUCAUGGAUAAUGCUAUAUGUGGCUUGCACAGUGAUAAAUACCGCAUCCUCGCAACUCAAGCACUGCACGUCCUCGGUCGAUGCGACCAUAUUACGUUGAUGAAUGACGGACGCAUAGAUACCAUCGAUAUUUUUGAUAACCUUAUGUGCGACGGCAAAGUGUUCCACCCAUUGCUGGCUGCUACCUCCCAGGAAGAGGAUGUUUCCAAGAAAGACGACGAAUUGGAUGAUGAGAUCGAAGACGAAAAAUGUCAAAAAGUCGGAAAAGAAGUCCCACUGAUUGUCUUGUCUCUGUUGUUGGCGAGCAGGGUAAACAUUGUGAUAAGCCUGUGGCUUUCAUACUGGACCUCAAACAAGCUAGACUUGUCGCAAGACCAAUAUACUGUUAUCUACGCUGGAUUUUCUGGUUCUCGAUUAGUGUUAUUUUUAGCAUUUUCGACAAUUCUAUCAUUAAGCAGAACGAGUGCUAGCAAAGCGAUGCUUCACAAAGCAAUGACACGGGUUUCAAGGGUACCCCAUGUCCUAUUUUACUGCGCCAAUGGGUCGUAUUGCCAAUCGAUUUUCAGAGGAUAUUCAAACAAUGGACAACGAGCUGACCGAUGCGAUGCGAAUAUACUACAUAACCCUCUCGUUAAUCACUUCCAAAAUAAUUCACAACAUUUAUUGUGA